AUGUCUCACAGAGGAUCAGGAAAGCCAUAUGGGAGAACGUCGAGCGGUCGGGGCCUUCCAGACGGUCAAUGGCUGCAUGACAAGGCUCCUGGUGCUGAAAGAACGCGUGCUCCACGUGCUCCUGAUGCUACCAUGGCUCCUGCAUCGUCCACUCGACUGCUAGUCGACAAUUUGCACUACGAGGUCACGGAGAAGGAUUUGGCGACUCUCUUUGGAGUGUACGGUCCAUUCGCCAAACCACCUAGAAUCCGGUUUGACAAGAGCGGUCGCUCAACUGGAUCCGGCACUGUCACCUUUGAGAAUAUGGAUGACGCAAAGGCGGCACAAAAGGCUCUCAACAAGCAACUUGCAAAGGGACAGGAGCUCGCCAUCCGUUUUGACCAUCAAUCCGGCUCAAAUGCAUCAUCACUACUGGCAAGGUUGGACAAGGGAUCAACAAAACCUCUCGCCAGCAGGCUAGCCGAUUCCCCCAAAGGCACCACAGAGAACCCAUCUCAUACAGGAGGUGUAGGGCCACACCGUAGAGGGCGAGGAGGUGCUCGCGGUGCGGCAAACACACCACGGGAGAAAAGACCACACAAGAAGCCGUUGACGGCUGAUGAUCUGGAUAAGGAGUUGGAUCAGUAUGGGGCCCAAGGCGAUGGAUCCCAGCCGGCACCACAAGCUGGCCCUGUCUCUGGCCCUUCCACAAAAGCCGUCGAGGAGGACGUCGAAAUGUCUUAG